AUGGCGAAUAACCUGUUAACAGAAGCGCUGAAUACCUAUCAGGUGAUCGUGAAAAACAAAAUGUUCGCGAACUCGAGCCGUCUGAAAGUGAACAUUGCCAACAUCUAUUUCAAGCAAAAGGACUACAAGAAAGCAAUCAAAUAUUAUCGAAUGGCGCUGGACCAAGUGCCGAACUUCCAGAAAAGUAAAAGGCAAGUAAGAUAUCCGUACUUGCAUUCACGCUAG